CAGGACAAUUCAUUUCAGUCAGGAUGGGUCCCGACUUGUUAUUCAUAACUCUUCUGGGUUUGACGAUCACUGUUCAUGGACAAACUCCAUCGCCGGAACAACCAUCGAUAACAACCUUUUUACCAGAUCUAAUUCCUGAAGACUUACCAGCGCCGGGCACUUUACCACCACCCGACGAUGGCGUAGUAGAACCGACGCCAUUAAAUACGCAGCCCGCUGUGAAAGAAGCUAAACCAACGGGCGGACCGCUAGCAGGGAAUAUGGAGAUACCUACGAUGGACUUUGAGCAGUCAGAAAACUCUAGUCAAACCUCGCCGGUGAUCAGUGUGUCUCCGACUGCUGACCCACUGCCAGGUCAACCGUCAACCGUAGUUAAAUCUGAUGAAGAGCCAAGUGAAACCAGCCCACCCAGAAACAAUACACUGGUUGAUCUUCAGAACGUGGCAAAAUACAUACAGGACCAGAUCAGGGAAUUAGAUUCACAAUUAUUGGCAUUAGAUACCGCCUAUCGUACUGGACAAAUAACAAGAUCAACAAGAGAUCCGAACGCUGUUGCUAACAGAAGGAGGCGCCGCCAGUUCGAGGGCGAUCUGAGAACCAUCCAGCAAGAAAUUAGUCGACUGGUACCUCAGCCACAACCAUCAGUACUCCCCCCGAUUGUUUCCCGUUCAGCUGGAUCCGCCUCACCAUCAUACGAAGCACUUCAAGAAGAACUUUUCCGAAUACGUGUGCGGGAAAGGUACAUUCUCCGUCAAUUACAGAUGCUCUCGGCAAGAAAUGCUCGACCCCUUGGGAGAGGUAGACUGCCCGCUUCAAGGAAUGUAUUACUAAGAAGACGACCCAUUACAAGGCGACUAAAUUUCAGCAACACGCGCCGACUUUCUCGUAGGAGAACUUUAACCGGAAGUGUAGCCGAAGGAAAUGUGCCAGGUUCUCGAAUGCGGCUUCUGUAACCGAACAACUUAAGACCAGGAAAAUUACACACCAAAUUCCAUAAUUCAGUUCAACCCUGUACAUGUGCUAGUAUCCGUCAUAUUGCAAAUAAAGGAAAUACAGUUUUCCAUAUGCAUAAUUCCAGUUCUACAUGAUCAAAUUA